AUGCCAGCAAUCCUACCAACUGCUCUCGUAGCACUCUCACUACUCCUCCUCACAAAAAUAUGGAGCAACAUCCAAUGGCACCGCAAAUACAAGCUCCCACCAGGCCCGAGAGGCAUCCCCUUCUUCGGCAACAUGUUCCAGAUGCCGCCAUACCACCAAGGCCCCUGGGCCCAACAAAUGGCCCAGAAAUACGGUGAAAUGUUCACCCUGCACAUCGCCAACACCCCCUGGGUCUUCCUCAACACGCCCCGCGCCGUCUCCGACCUCCUCGAGAAGCGCUCAGCCAUCUACUCCUCCCGACCCCGCUUCCCUUAUGCAUCGACACUCAUGUCGGGCGACUGCAGGGUGGUGCUGCAGCCGUAUGGCGCACAGUGGCGUGCCACCCGCAAGAUCAUGCAUAGCAUCCUCAACGCGAAGAAUGGCGGGACGUUUGCGCCGUUUCAGGAGGUCGAGAGUAGGCAGUUGGUGCUGGAUGUGCUGAGGCAUCCGGAGAUGUGGUGGAAGGCGAAUCAGCGGUUUGCGAACGGGGUGGUUAUGAGUGUGGUGUUUGGGAAGAGGUCUGGGGUGGUCGAGAAGAGUAAUGUGGAUAAGCUAUUCGACACGAGUCAGGAGUUUAUCGCGGCGUUGCAGCCGGGCGCGAAUCUGGUGGAUACGUUUUACUUCCUUGAUCGCUUGCCCAAGGCAUUGAAGUGGUGGACAAGGAGGGGCGAGGAUGCGUUCGAGAGACUGCUGAAUGUAUAUGGUGCUGAGGUUGGUGAUUUAAAGGAGAGGAUGGAGAGGGGGACAUGUCCGCCGUGUUUUGCGAGUAAGUUCUUAGACGAUCCUGAGAGCGAGAAGCUGGGCGAGACGCAGAGACUGUUUGCGCUGGGGAGUCUGAUGGAGGCCGGCAGUGAUACGAGCAGGAUGACGCUAAGUCAGAUUGUUGCUGCUGCUGCGACUGACAGGAGGUGGGUGAAAGAGGCGCAGGCGGCGUUGGACAGGGUGUGCGGCGUUGCGGCGCGGUUACCUGAGUUCAAUGAUCGUGGCCAGCUGCCGUAUCUGAGCGCUGUGGUGAAAGAAGGAUUUCGGUGGAGACCGUUUGCUGAGAUAGGCAUGUUCCAUACGCUCAUCAAUGACGAUAUCUACGAGGACUACCACUUUCCUGCGGGCACGGUCUUCACAUGGAACGCCUGGCACAUUGCGCUUAACCCGGAUGAAUAUCCCGACCCAUUGCGAUUCUGGCCGGAGAGGUGGCUAGACCCAAGUAUCCAAUCCAUCGAUCCAGGUAAAGUUGAAGAUCCGCUAGCCGGCCAUUGGAGUUUCGGUGCGGGGAGGAGAGUGUGCACCGGCUACCAUGUCGGAGACUCGAACGUUUGGAUCGCGGCAGCCCGACUGCUGUACUGCUUCAAUUUUGAGCAGGUCGCAGGAAAGGAGAUCGAUACGUUGAAUAUGAAUGUGGCGGAGCAUCGCUGGGCCCCAUUCGAUGUCAAGAUCACGGCGCGGAGCGAAGCGCAUAGGAGGCUACUUGAGCGAUGCGGUGGGGAAGCAGUGGGGGUUACCUAUUGAUUUAUCGAUACGAGUGCGUGAGGCGUCCAUUGCUGUGUUAUUGGGUGAAUUGCUUCUUCGGCGGAGCGUGGAACGCGCCUGCGCAUCCUUUGAGUGUCUGCCCUGAGACUAUCUUGAAAAUGCAGGUCUUCGUCAUGG